AUGUUGGCUCGUCGAUCCGUUCUGGGCAAGCCCGGCUUUGUCUGUCGGACAUGUGCCCGUCAAUAUCAGUCCCAACUGCGGCGGGCUUCGACCUCUACCCAGGACAACAUCUACGACGUUGUGUGUGUCGGUGGCGGACCGGCAGGUCUGAGUUUACUGACUGCUCUUCGUGCCAAUCCUAUAACUGCUGGCCUUCGAGUGGCUCUUGUUGAAGCUCAAGACCUUUCCAGGAUAUCCUCGUUCUCACUUCCCUCGACUCAAUUCUCCAACCGAUGUAGCUCUCUUACCCCGGCAUCGGCUCAGUAUCUCGACAAGAUUGGAGCAUGGCGACAUUUGCAACGUGAUCGAGUUCAGGACUAUCAAGAGAUGCAAGUAUGGGAUGGAGUUACGGGUGCCCGAAUCGAGUUCGACUGGCCACCCAGCACGACUGGAGACAAAACAAUUGCCUACAUGACGGAGAAUCUGAACUUGACAUCCGGUCUGCUGAAACGAUUGUACGAGCUUGGUGGAGUGGACGUUUUUGACAAGACCAAGGUCGAGAGCAUUGAUCUUGGCAAGGAAACUGAGGACCUUGACUUGAGCGAAUGGCCGGUCGUGCAGCUCUCAAGUGGCCAAUCCUUAGCAGCACGUCUUCUUGUUGGAGCAGACGGAGCCAACAGCCCUGUGCGUACAUUUGCUGGGAUAAAUAGCCGUGGUUGGGACUACGGCAGACAUGGUGUUGUCGCAACUCUAGAGCUGGAAGGCGAGGGCUGGGGUGGUGAGUUCAACAAGAUUGCUUAUCAGCGGUUCUUGCCCACUGGACCUGUUGCGAUGUUGCCCAUGCCUGGCAAGUAUGCUACACUAGUCUGGUCUACUACCCCAGAAAAGGCUGCUCUUCUUAAGAGCUUAGCCCCCAAGGACUUUAUUGCUAUGGUCAAUGCUGCUUUCCGACUAAGCCCUGUCGAUAUUGGCUUUAUGCACUCUCAGCAGGAAAACCAGGCAGAAGAGCUGUCAUGGCGUUUACAACAUACGCACUUUGAUACAAAGGCCCUUCCUCAGGCUGUCGUCGGUGUGCAAGAAGGCAGUAUCGCAUCUUUCCCCCUGAAGCUGCGACAUGCUGAUACAUAUACUGGUGAACGUGUUGCGCUUGUGGGCGACGCGGCUCAUACAAUCCACCCAUUGGCAGGCCAAGGCCUGAACCAAGGUCAGGGAGAUGCUCAGAGUCUAGUCAAGACCAUCGAGUUUGCCGUCUCUCAUGGCCAGGACCUUGGCACCUCACUCUCUCUUGAGUCCUACAACAGCGAGAGAUAUGCCGCCAACCACAUCAUUCUCAAUGUCUGCGACAAGCUCCACAAGCUCUACUCUGUCGAGAGUGGCCCUUUGAUACCGCUGCGUUCCGUUGGUCUCAGAGCUGUUAAUGCCCUGGCACCCCUGAAGAACUUCUUCAUGGAGCAGGCCUCUGGCACUGGUACCAAGAUCCUGUAA